AUGGCGAGGACUAUCGAGAAGAACUUCCAAGCCGCCAUCGACUCUGGCCAGAUCAACGGAGGCAUCAUCUGUGCUACCAACUCCAAGGGAGACUUCACCUACAACAAAGCCCUCGGACAGAGAACUCUUCUUUCCGGCGAAAAGCGUCCUCAACAGCUUGAUGAUCUCCUCUGUCUCGCAUCAGCUACAAAGCUCAUAGCCUCCAUCGCAGCUCUGCAAUGCGUUGACGAUGGCUUACUCACUCUCAAGGGGGAUUUAUCAAAGGUCGCACCGGAACUAGUUGAGAAACAGGUCCUUACUGGCUGGUCAGAAGAUGAUGAACCGAUUCUUGAACCAGCUUGUCAACCUAUCACCCUUGAAAUGCUGCUUUCGCACAGCGCUGGAGUGGCGUAUGACUUCCUGGAUCCGAACAUAGGAAAAUGGAGCAGCAAGUAUAAACCCAAGGGUGGAGAGAAGAGAAAAGUUGAGGAUACCUUCAUCUAUCCUCUUUUGCAUCAUCCUGGAAAGGGAUGGAUGUAUGGCUCUGGUCUAGAUUGGGCUGGCCGAAUUGUUGAGCGUGUGACCGGAAAUACCUUGGAGGAGCACAUUCACGAGCGUAUUCUGAAGCCUCUUGGUUUGAAAACCGACGCUCAGUUCUUUCCUGUCACAAGAGAGGAUUUACGUGAGCGUCUCGUCGAUCUCAACCCUGAUGAUCCAAAAGGUCUUGGCUUCGCAGUCAUGGGUCAAGGAGCUGAAAUCAACGGCCGAUCAGAUGGAUGUUUCGGCGGUCACGGUCUUGCCAUGCCUGCGCCGACCUAUCUCAGAAUAAUCCAAUCCCUACUCGCCAACGACGGGAAACUUCUCAGACCCGAAACCUGCACCGACAUGUUUCAGAACCAUCUUGCCCCUGAAGCACUUAGUGGUCAACAAGGUAUGCUGGCCAGUCCACUAGGACCUUUCUUUAGAGUUGGUAUCGGUGAAGAGACGAAACUUGGCCAUGGGCUUGGAGGCACAAUCACCUUUGAAGAUGUUGAGGGGUGGUAUGGUGCUCAUACCAUGUCGUGGGGUGGAGGCUUGACGUUUGCGUGGUUCAUUGAUCGCAAGAAUGAUAUUUGUGGUGUUGGGGCUGUUCUUGCAAAGCUGCCUCUCGAUGGAGGCGUUGCUGCAGAUUUGAAGGAUGUUUUUAGGAAGGAUAUUUAUCAAAAGUAUGCUGCGUGGAAGGAGAACCAGUGA